CCCUCGCACACACACACGCCACACACACAUACACACACAUACAUACAGCAGCGCACUGCCGUCUGCCGUCCCCUCCACUGCGUGGACAUGUCUCUGCCCCUGGAGCUGGGCUCUUUCCAUCGGGACCAGGCACUGGGAACGCUGGAGCGCCAGCUCAUCUGCCCCAUCUGUCUGGAGGUGUUCACAAAACCUGUUGUGAUCCUGCCCUGCCAGCACAACCUCUGCCGCAAGUGCGCCAAUGACCUGUUCCAGCCGUCUUUGUUCCAGGCGCGGGGCACCAUGGUGGGCGCUGGAGGACGCUUCCGGUGCCCCUCCUGCCGGCAUGAGGUGGUGCUGGACCGUCAUGGAGUCUACGGGCUGCAGCGUAACCUGCUAGUGGAGAAUAUCAUUGACAUCUACAAGCAAGAGUCUGCCAGCUCAGGGCCGCCACCCAAGCCCAAAGGCCAACCAACCUGUGAGGAGCAUGAGGAUGAGAAGGUCAACAUCUACUGCGUAAGCUGCCAGGUACCCACCUGCUCCCUAUGCAAAGUUUUCGGAGCACACAAGUCCUGUCAGGUGGCACCUCUGCAUGACAUAUACCAGCAGCAGAAGGCUGAACUCAGUGAUGGGAUUAGUUCUUUGGUUGCUGCCAAUGACCACGUCCAAGCUUUUAUCAGUCAGCUGGAGGACACCUGUAAGAACAUUGAGGACAACUGUAAGAGCCAGAAGCAGAUUCUGUGCGAGAAAUUUGAUCGCAUGUACAACAUCCUGGAGGAGCGCAGGAAGAUCAUGCUGCAGCGCAUCACCUACGAGCAGGAGGAGAAGACGGGUCACGCCCGGUCCCUGGUGCGAGCCUACGGGGAGCACGUGGAGAACAACUCCAAACUGGUGGAGACGGCCCUGCGCACCAUGGAGGAGCCUGAAAUGGCUUCCUUCUUACAGAGUGCCAGAGCACUGAUCGAGAAGGUGACUGAGGCCACCAGUUCCUCCACAGUGGAGGCCCUGGAGCCAGGGUUUGAGAAUAUGGACCACUACAAGGUGGACUUCAAUGCUGAGGAGAGGGUGCUCUAUCAGCUGGACUUUGUCAAAACUGAGGAAGAAGUAGAGGAGGAACCGGAACCGGAGCCAGAACCAGAGCCCGUACCAGAACCUGUCCCAGAGUCAGAGCCAGAGCCAGAGCAGUUGGUAGAGCUGAAAGGGGACAGCUGUGGGGCCAGUGGCCCUCCAGGGGAAACGGAGGACAUUAGGGGGCAGGCUGAGGGAUGUGCUGACCCUAAGAAAGAGCUCCUGUGUGACCAGGGGCUAAACAUCCAGCAGGCCGUCACCCUCGUCUUUUACAUCCUGGCUUUGGUGGUCAUCCUUCAGCGGGUCUGGGGUCAUAUUCAGUGCAUCACUUGUUCAUAGCAAGGCGGGCCAGAUGGAACAUAAGUGAACUAAGGGUCUGGUCCCUGCAGUGGGAACCCAGGACGGGAGAGUGACGGAGCAGAGCAUUGACACGCCCUUUGACCCCAGGCCCAUGGCCCCCUUGUGGCUGGACAUGUAGACGC